AAGGAAAGUCAUCAUGGGAGCAUUUUUAGACAAGCCAAAGAUGGAGAAGCAUAAUGCCCAGGGGCAAGGGAAUGGGCUUCGUUAUGGUCUGAGUAGUAUGCAAGGCUGGCGAGUUGAAAUGGAGGAUGCACAUACGGCUGUGAUUGGUUUGCCAAAUGGACUUGAUGGAUGGUCAUUUUUUGCUGUAUAUGAUGGGCACGCUGGAUCACAGGUUGCCAAGUACUGCUGUGAGCAUUUAUUAGAUCACAUCACGAGCAACCAGGAUUUUAAAGGGCCAGAUGGGCCACCGUCUGUGGAAAGUGUAAAGAGUGGCAUCAGAACAGGUUUUCUGCAAAUUGAUGAACACAUGAGAGUCAUCUCCGAGAAGAAACAUGGUGCAGACAGAAGUGGGUCAACAGCUGUGGGUGUCAUGAUUUCUCCCCAACAUACAUACUUCAUCAACUGUGGAGACUCGAGAGGUUUACUUUGUAGAAACAGGAAGGUUCACUUCUUCACACAGGAUCACAAACCAAGUAAUCCACUGGAGAAAGAGCGUAUACAGAAUGCAGGUGGCUCUGUAAUGAUUCAGCGUGUGAAUGGCUCUCUUGCUGUUUCAAGGGCACUUGGGGACUUUGAUUACAAAUGUGUCCAUGGGAAAGGUCCUACAGAACAGCUAGUCUCACCUGAGCCUGAAGUUUAUGAAAUUGAGAGAUCAGAAGAAGAUGAUCAAUUCAUCAUACUGGCUUGUGACGGUAUCUGGGAUGUUAUGGGAAAUGAAGAGCUGUGUGACUUUGUAAGAUCCAGACUUGAAGUCACUGAUGACCUUGAGAAAGUUUGCAAUGAGAUAGUUGACACCUGCUUGUACAAGGGAAGUCGAGACAACAUGAGUGUGAUAUUGAUCUGUUUUCCGAAUGCACCAAAGGUAUCGCCAGAGGCGGUGAAAAGAGAGGCAGAGUUGGACAAGUACCUGGAAAGCAGAGUAGAAGAGAUCAUAAAGAAGCAGGGUGAAGGAGUCCCAGACUUAGUCCACGUGAUGCGUACGUUAGCAACUGAGAGCAUCCCAAACCUCCCGCCAGGGGGUGAAUUGGCAAGCAAACGGAGUGUGAUUGAAGCAGUUUAUAACAGACUGAACCCCUACAGGAAUGAUGAUACUGAUUCUGCCUCAACUGAUGAUAUGUGGUAAAACUGCUCAUCUAGCUGUGGAGUUCACGUUUCGUCCUUCAAAUGAAAGUGCAGCCCAACCUCGGUGACCCUUCUUAACAUCCAUCCUCAACCUUAAUUAAAGAAGGGAAUAUGAUGUGUUGGUGAGAGUGACUACAGCAGUACAACAUCUAGCCCAGGAACUGAUCUUUUUUGUAAAACAGACUUCUGUAAACGUGAUUUCAAACCAUAAUUCAUGUUGUAAAUCAGACUCCAGCAAUUUAUGUUGUAUGAUUUUGUUUUUGUAAAGUGCAAUUGUCUUUGUACAAAAUGCUCAUAUUUAAUUAUGAACUGCUUUAAAUCACUAUAAAGGUUAGAAGAAAUGUUUGGCUUGUGUGUUGCAACAAUAUAUAUCCCUUUAAAUUCAUGUUGUGGUUUUGGAUUGCAAGGAGCAGCAGCCUAGCCAGCUAGGUGCUCAAGAGGUGCACAAAACUGUAAAGAUAACUUUGUUUUAUAUGAAAGCUGAUCUUGUGGGCGACUCACCAGAAAUUACAGUGUGUGAAUUUGCUUGCCAAUGGAAAAAUAACUAAGAGUAGUGCACAUUCUUCAACAAACGUAUAUCAUUUUCUUGGACGCACUCCUGCUCUCACAUUGAGUUAAAGGGAGUUCUGAUCUUGACUUCAGUGGGAGUUAAAUCAUGCCCUAUUAAUAGUAUCGUGUUCAUACGCGUACGAACCUUGGGAUUAGAAUGCCUUGAUUCUUUGCACCUCUUUUUUCAUUAACCCUUACCUGAAACUACUAAUCACUGAGCACGAACAGGCAGCUUUCUACAUACCGUAGGAGUCUGCAGCAUAUUUUUACAAUCCUGAUUGGCUGGGUCUGCUGCUGUUCCAAGUAAAAUACUUUGAAUUCCAUUUUAUCAAUAAAGCUUGAUUUAACAAACAAGAAAUUUAUCCAUAAAUGUGUAAUUCCUUUUUUCCUGCCUUUUAAAAUGUCAGUGCCAUUGUAAAUGAUAUUUUACUUGUGGAAGAAUAUUUUUAUUAAUUGGUAGCCCAUUUUUAAAAUGGGAAGGAUUUUGAUUAUUGCCCAAGACAUAGCCAUAUGCUAGAGGAUGAUGUGGGAUUAAUCCGUUACCCUAUUUUUUACAAGUGUGGGUUUUUUCAGGCUUUUUGGUGGUUUUGGUUUUUUUUUUUUACUCCCCACUGAAGAUGUGCAUUGGUUUGAAUUUGCCUACUGUUUGAUAAAAAUACAUUUGUCAAAGCCUGACAAUCUUUAACAUUUUAUGGUGUGUGUUUUUAAUUGACCCACUUACUUAGAAUGAGAGACUAGUGGUUAAACAGUACUUGUGAUUUGAGAUAUAGCAUGUUGACAAUUUUUAACUGUUCGUUGUUUAAAAUUCUAAUUUAAAAUUUUAUAAGAUAAUAAACUAAUUUGAUUUAAGCUUAGCUUUCUCCCAAUGAGCAUACAAAAAUUAAGUUUUCAAGUCAGUCGUGUUUGCAAAACUGCUGUUUUGUGCACCUUGUAUUGUCUUUUUGGUUGAGAAUAUUGUAUUUAAUAUGUAGUUUACUCAUUUAGUAGGCAGACUCCCCAAAAGGAAAAUCAGUAAAACAAGUAGAUUGUAACAUUUACUGCAGUUAAACAGAAUCAAAACUUGGUGUAUAAUUACUUUUUGAUAGGAAUAUGUAGUACAAUGCAUUUUGCUAUAUUUGUCUUUCCCUAACUUUGAAAUAUACAUAUUUGUAUAUAUAGCCUUAAAACUAAUGCAGAGUUAGGGAACACGGAACAGUGAAAAAGUAACUUAUAGUGUCUUGGAACUAAGUAUAGUAUAUACCAGCAAACUUUUCUUUUAUCCCUCUUGUCUAUGUGGGGUGCUUAAACGUAACUUCAUUGUAUUCAGUUUGUAAUCUGUUCAAGCAUGAAUGAAGAAAACAUAAGCACUAUUUGUAUUUAUAAAUUUAUAGCAAUUUUUGCUUAAAGAACCAGUUCCUUACCUACCUAUGAAUAAAUGCUUAAAAUGUCUAAUUUUGUUGUAGAGUGCAAAACUAUAAUAAUGUUAAGUUAUAGCUUCACAGGCACCUAAUUAACAAGCAUAUUUAAUAAUACAUGGCGUAUUAGUGCAAAAAGCUAAACCUGAUUUAGGACGAGGCAGAUAAAGUUCUGUCCUUUUUCAUAGAGACUAAAGUUUAGUUUUGGAAACCGCAAAACCUUGAACUGGACUGUGGAACCUUUGAGUUUUAAACUUUGAAAAUCGGAAGCAAAACUGUGGUGUGAAAAGCCAUACUUCAAACCGCAAUCACUUAAAACUGUCUCAGUGACAAAUGAUGUAUUUGAAGCCUCUUCUUGUGAGGUCUCCUAAAGGUUAGAAAGAAAAUAAUUCUGCUGUUGCUACAGGCGAUGUAAGUAGGUUUGAGGGUAGCGGAAGAAAGCCCGUUUCAGGCCUUUCUCUCUCCCACCUAUGUUCAGCGUUUUGAUGAGGUCAGAGCACUGAAUCUAUUACGUAUGCAAAAACACUGCCAUUUUAGAUACAGAUUUUGAUUACAAAAUAUAUGAAUUAAGUAUAUAAAGCAUCCGAGAAAAGAGGCAAGCUGUACUUUUCACUGCUCUGAAAAGAAAAAGGCACUUUUGCACCUUUGUGCAUCUCCUUGUUGCACCAGAAACUUUUUUUUAAAUGCUAAAAACAUUAGCACCUCAGGGGCAAGGCAGCAAUUUUUUUUUUUUUAAAGUAUUGUGUGCUAUUUAUUUCCCUCUUGGAAAAAGAUUCCUGUGUGACAAAAAUGAAAACUGUGUGAUUUUAAAAGAUGUAUUUUUAAAUACAUGUUCCAAUAGGAUGGUCCCAAUUUGCUUGUUUUUAAAAGGAAAUGAUAUUUGUAAAGCUACUUUGCUUCGUAUGCCAUGCAACUUUGUUUUCCUUCUACAUUUGACAGCUUCACUGGCUUCAGUUUCUGUGAGUUUUGUUAUAGUCAGAUUAAAUGUUUCACUGAUCGUUCUGGGAGAAUACCUGUACUGCUUUAUAGACAACUGUUUCAAAUAAUUCUCACUAAUUCAGCAUUGAAAUAUGUUCAAGACAGAGGCUUCUAAAAUGUGUUUUAAAACCAAUGUUGGCUUAACUAAAUGCAGUUACAUUAAGUAGGGUCCUAGAUUUGCAAGGCUCUGUAAAUCCGUUGUAUCAAUAGACUCCCCGGUACAUGUGGUGGGGCAGAAAUCUGCAGGUCCCGUGCAAGUUAUGCAGCCAGGGCCUUUCAGCUGGCUUGCUCUUGCCCAGCCAGGAAGCACCACCGCAAAGACCUUGACGCGUGGCCAUCGUUCGUUUUCCUCUUCCAGCAGAAGUCAGAAUCUGAGAGAGAAACUUCAUCUGCUUGUCAUUAAACUACGCUGAAUUGCGGUAAUCCUGGGUUGUGUCAUACUAGCAGGAUGCCUGAUGAGUAUUGAGCAGCAGAUGAGUAACGGUAGUGCUCACCUUGAUCGUUCAUGCAGGUGCCAAAGUUGAUCAUUUUAACAUGUACUUCAGAUAAACUGACUUCAGCAUCCAUUAAAUUGUUUAUUGCAAAGCUGGUACUGACUCAACUAUAUGGGUUAAAAUCUGAGCCAUUUUGCUCAGUUCAAGAAUUGGAAACUUAAAAAGGUGAUUUGACGAAAUUAAGGAACGGUUUUCACUUCAAUUGAUACCCUGAUAAUCUCAUCUUAAUUUGUUACACUGGGAUAGGAUAGACUUCCUAUUGCAUUUCACUUUUUAGUAAUCUACGAACUAAGGAUACGGUUUCAUGAUCAACUAUACCGAGACUAAACUAUUGCUAGAAGUUUGCCCCUACUGCCCUUUUUGUGCUAGCAGUCAUGCUUACGUGGCCGUGCAGUUAGGAGAAAAAAAAUCUGUACUUUUCAGCUGGGUAAAUUGAUAGUCCAGCUACGGGAUGCUGGUACUAGGGCAAGAUGCAGAGUGGGGAGACAGGAUUGAGAGCAAAGGAAUGGUUGCACCACCCCUUCUGCCGCAGGUUGGGAAACCACACCCUGAACACAGAUAAAUGAUGGGCCUGGGUAGGGAGUAUCGAAGCCUUUGCAGAUCUUUCUCUGCUCUAUACUUAAGACAAACAUUUUGCUUUGGUAAACGUUCUUUUUCUUAAAACUGGGAUCAUGAGACUUUGGGUUUAAUGUCUUGGUGUGUGAGUUCCAUGCUGACAAACUUACUUUGUGUUCGCUCCCUCUAGAUGUAUGUGGCUCUGUCCUGUGGGAUAGGCAGCGUGGCUGCCACAGUUAGGUUAAUGGUACGGUUGUUACAGUUCACCUUAUUUCAGUGUACAUCAGGAUUUCAUCAUGCUGAGAUGUUUGCCUUCAUCUCUGCCUGCACCUUCUUGAAUUGCUUUUAUGCGCAAAUGACUUGGUAUAUUUCAAUUUCUUGAUAUUUAAACUUGGCCAUGUCUGUAACGGGCUAACCUUUAGUAAAAUGUUACCCUUUUCCUCAUCGUUUGGCAAAUACAGUAUUUUAAUACAAAUCUAAUGUACCUUGCGUAGGUUCAGAAACGGCAAAGCUCUGUAGAGCCAUAGAGCUGUACCUGCCAGUUUUCUGUAGAAAAUGGGACUGUUACUCUGUGUCAAGCUUCAUAAGGUGUGAAAAUAACGUCUCCUAGAUAACUUAGUGUAGCUCCUUGUUCCUACAGCUACGUGUUUGAGAUGAUCAUAACCUGAGCCUUUAUAUACCAAUACAGGGUGUAAAGUCUCUACUUGGCUGGAUAGAAUUUUUUUUUUAACUCUUUAAGUGGUAAAAAGAGGCUCCACAUGAAUUUCUAGGAUGCUGUAGUGCAUAAAAUGAUUGUGAUUCCUGCUAUAAGCUGUAAAAAUGGAGCGAAAUUUAAAAGUAACAAUCUGGGGCUAAGUACUUUUGACUGACCUGUCUGUGGAAUAUUGAUCAGCGAAUCCGAUCUUUUGGUGAGCUCUUUCUGAGCUGUCUCUGUGGAGUGCUUGCACGGUCUGCAGGUCUCUGCAGACCCAGGCGUGCACCUUCUGAACCUCUUCGUAGCCUUAUUUUGCUUAAUAACGUUGCUUUGUAAAUGAGGUAGCAGUCACCUGGGCCGUGGCAUUUGUUCACAGAAGUUCAAGAAGCUGUAGGAAAACUUAAAGCUUUUCUUCAUUCUCAUGGACCACUAAAUGCUUUCAAGUAAAAAAAAAAAUAAAUACACAGCAGGCUAAAAGUUGAGUUUACAUUAUCUCCCACUGAAAACUUGUUUCUAGAAAAAUCUACCAAUAUUUCUACUAUUUACUUAAUACGUGAAAAAAAUGUCUGGACCUUUAAUCUCCUGGUUGUAUCAGAGUUGUUGACCUAUAGUGACCUAGGCUCUAUGCAUAUUCCUUGCUUUAUCUAUGUUUUUAUUUGAUGUUCCUUUUGAGUAGCAGUAAACCAGCUCUUCCCCCCCGCACUCUUCUAAAGUCUUUGCUUCCAAGCUAAGAGAACAGGAGUGGUAACGGUGCCUUAGGAAAGGGGUUUUGGGGAGGCUUGCCCUAACCUUUGCAACCACAAAAUUUGGGAAAACGGGCUUAACUUCCAAAACGCUUUUUAUAGAAUUAAUGAAAUAGUUCUAUUCUGAAAGUGUCAAAACUUCGGUAGAGGUGGGAUGACAGGUCAGAUUUCUAGAGUAUAUAUUGUUUUAUGCCUAGCCAGAUUUUUGCACUGAACUUCUACUGAUUCCUGCCCAAAUGCUUUUUAAAAUAUCACUAGACAUCUACUUUUUUCUUUUUCUCCCUCCCCUCCUCCCCCCCCCCCCCCAAAAAAAAAAACCCAAUGGUCCUCACUGCUUUGUAACCAGCCAUUUACUUGCAAGGGUGAGUGCUGUGUCAGACAGUAACACUCUCCUUUAAGAGCACUACAUCUGCACUUCUCGGCUCGCUCAGUAACAUUGAGCCAAAACUGAAGUUCACUUUUGCUUCCAUUAACUGUAUGGCUCUGAAGAGCUGGUGGGAGCGUGGUUUUUCUACCGCUAAAGUAGACAGGACUCUCCAUACGUAUUGUGAGUAAGCCUCCAGAGUUGAAGGAGGUGCCAUUGUUGUUUCUUUUGAGAGAUACCUUUGAGAAGAAAAAGGAGAAAACAGACUGGCGGGUCAUAAAACAUUACGUACUUUUACUUCUAUCGAUGCCUAUAGAUGAAGGUCCAGAGUUUAAUUUCACUUGCAUUACUGAAUUCAACCCAGUCUGAGCAAUGGAAAUACUGAGUAGCCGAUUUCAUUUUCACUGUUGGGAUUUCAGGCUGAAGCACAGUAUUUUGUUCAAAGUACAGGGGAAAAUUAAAUUAAGAUAGUCUUGGGAAAAUCAGGCACGUACGUAACUUUCCAUCCUGCUGAUGUUGAUGGAGCUUCACUCACAAUAUGUAAAGUUAGCACAUGUAUUGUUGGAGCCUUAGCUGUCCCACUUCUCUUGGAAUGAAAAAGAAAUGUAAUCUUUACUCAGUUUGGGGUUUGAAAAAGCUUUUCAAAGCCAAAGGGAAGAAGGUGGUAAUGUUAAAGCAAAAUGUUAGCUUAAUUGGAGAUAACAAUUUCAUAAUUCUUCAAACAUGUAAAUCAGCAUUUUUCUUCUUUUAAAGCAUCAGAAGGGCACAGCUUACGAGGUUCGGUCUUUGAUGUAGUGCUUUUAGCUGUAAAGAAUCAAUAAAAGGAUGAAACCCAAAAUGAGUUACCCGGGAUGGAAAAACAAUGAGACCCUAAAAAUCUAGGAAUAAACGUGCUGAAUUUACAUAGCAUUAUUUCCAUGUCCAGUGAGGGACCUACUGAAAGGAUCUUUGUCGGUGGUUUUAGGGGAGCUUUUUAUUCUUGCUGUGUUUGAUGCUGGACUGGCAAGUCUGCUGCAAUUUCAAAUUUCCAGACUCUUCAGUUGGAAACUGGGCAUUACACAACAGAGUCCCCAGUACGUGAGAUGCUGCAGUACCUGUUGCCACGCGUUCUGCGGGUUAAUGCCGCGCAACCGUUUGAUGUUGGGAUUUCCUAGCAUACGUUUUGUGGCUGAUGGCGUGAUUCGCAAUGACCUUGGGUACCAAGAGUUAAGUUGUAUUUAUUAACCGGAUCUAACUCUUUGGUGCCAGGAAUCUAGUUUCUGGAGUAAGUGCUGAAUUAUGCAAAUGUUCUUGGCAAAUCGUGCCAGGUAGUUCACUACUCGGAAAACUAAAUUACUAGCGACGAAGGGUUAAUACGAGACAAAAGCCUAGAUUCUCCUAGCUAGGGAAUACUGGAUAUUUGAAAAGCGUGAUGUUUGAUUUCCAGAACUGGCUGCUUUAUAAAUCUUUCAAAGCAGAGAUUUUGGUUUCUAGCAUCUGUCUUGUUACUAAGACCGCGUACAAACAUGCUGAAUUAGAGAGUUUUCACCUGUCUUCUCACAGAAUUGACUCCACGUCAUAUCAUAAGUCUCGUUUGUAGUGACAUGCUGUGCCUGUCUUUUUAGAGAAUUCAUGACCUCUUUAUAUCUAUUUUGUGGAAAGUGUAACUUUUUUCAUUGAUGACCUGUAUAAAUGUGUGUUACGAAUGGAGAGAUUUAAGCUUGAAAAGCAUGUUUGCAGAUUACACAGCUUCAUUAUGGAAUUUAUAAAUUUAACAGAGUAAUAUACAAGAGCAUAACUAUUUUCCUUAAGUAGAAUGUAUAACAAUAUAUAAUAAAUUAUUCUCCACGUAGUUCACCCACUAUUUACAGUUUUACACAAUUCAAACUGUGUGUUUACAGAAAGUUCAAUAAAUGUAUAUUUUGUACUAUGUACAGAUUCCUGGUCCCAAAGAAAAUGUGUGAACUUAGUUUCUAACUUAACUUUUGAGAUUGUACUUUUUUUUUUUCCUUUUUUUUCUGGUUUGGAAUCAGUUGAACAAACUGCGUUAUGCCUGUCGAUGGUGGAGGCUUGCAUUGGAGUAAAUGGGAAUUGGAAAUAUUUCUAAUCUACAAAAGUGAUCCCACUAAAUAAAACAGGCAAUUACAUCGUG